CCUCUAAAAUCUUGCCCUUGAUACUUUUAAGAAUCAAAACCAAGCUCAAUUUUUUUAAUCAAACCCCAGAAGAUGCACCAAAUUUAGGGUUCUGCAGAAUCGUUAUGUUGAACCACGGUUAAGUCUAGAUCACCAUAUCGUCAUUUCUUUGUGACUUGCCCUGUGAUCAUCAACAGCCUUCGCUGUUGUCUUAGUCGGCAUAAUCAUCUGAGUUUUUAAAUUUCCUUAUCACGUGUCCAUUUCAUACACAACUUAGUCAAGGAAUUGACAUCUUAGUGGGUUUUCCUGGGUCUUCUCAUCUCUUCUGAUCUAAUUUUUCUCUUCAUCUCUUAAAACCCCAUAUGAAUCAGUUACAUGAUCUUUUUGGUGAAGUGGGUUUUCUGAUCUUUGCUUCACUGCUUCAUCUUUCUUAAACCUUUUCUGCAAAAAGAGGAAGGUUUGGUCUUCUUUUCAAGAUUAAUUUGUCUCUUCUUCCUAGAUUUUCUCUGGUUCCGCACUUUGAGUUACAUCUGUCUUAUGUUUCUGUGAGUGAUAUUAUAUUGAGAUAUAUAUAAUAUAUAUCACCAUGGGAACUAACAGUGAGGAGCAAGUUGUUUCGCACGGAGGAUCUGAGGUUACAUAUCAAGGCAUGGUGGAAGGUGAGAUUAAAGAGACGAAGAUACCGAAUCAUCCUGUACAGAAAUUGAUUGCAGAAAAUUCUUCCAAAUCUAACAGUAUGGUUGUGAAGAAACCACAUAAGGUGAUUCCAGCUCACAUCAUAGCAGAAGCCAUGUCAAUAAUACGUGAUAUUGACCUUAGAUGGUCUGGUCCUAUCACCCAGAAAGAAAUAGAAUAUGUUGAAGAGUAUGUUCUGGCAAAAUACCCAGAAUAUGCAGGACUCAUUGAAGGUGAUGGUAUUGAUCUGUCUAACUUCAUCAUCAACGAGGAGCCUUCAGAACCCCUGUCUGAUGAUCGAAGAAAAUCGCCAAGAGGAGGUUUCAGAGAAUCUUCUCCACAAUUUUUUGGGAGCAACCUUCGUGAAUUGGACAGAACCCAAUUAGAGCCAUCAAGACUGCUGGACAUUCUCACCAAGAAGUCCUCAUUUCCUGGAAGCUUCAUCUCCAUCCCAGAAAUCCAAGCUCACAACAAGGUCUUGAAGCAUUGUGGAUUGCCUGAUGAUGAAUACCUCGUACUCUUCAUACCUAGUUACAAGGAUGCCAUGAUGUUGGUGGGUGAAAGCUACCCUUUUGUCAAAGGAAGCUAUUACAUGACCAUUCUUAAGGAAGAAGAGGAUUACAUCAGAGAAUUCGCUUCUUUUAAGGAAUCCAAGGUGAUUCCAGCACCUAAGACAUGGUUGGAUUUGAGGAUCAGUGGGUCCCAGCUGAGCCAGAAUUUCAGAAGGAAGUGUAAGAUCAGUCCAAAGGGGCUAUUCUCUUACCCAGCAGAUGUGAAUGGGACAAUGCAUUGGGUUUCAGAAGCUCAUAGGAACUCAUGGCACGUGCUGCUUGAUGCUUCUGCUUUAGUGGUUGGAAAAGAUAGGCUUCACCUUGCACUUCACAGGCCUGACUUUGUGGUGUGUAGCCUUGAAAAUACUCAUUCAAAUCCUUCCAGAAUCACAUGUCUCUUGGUCAGGAAGAAGUCAUUUGACACAUCUCUUGCUUCAUCCCAGGAUGGUGAUUGAACCCAUGAUUGUUAUCUUCUUGCAUGUUGAUUAUGAUGGUCUUUGAUGAUGUGGCUUAAAAAAAGGGCAUGAAUUCUGCUUGCCUUACUUUGUAGAAUGAACAAAGGGAUAAUGAAACUUUUGAUCCUCAAGUUUACUUGAGUUAUCAAUUUGGUCAUCGAAGUCUAAUCUUUAUCCAUCAUGUCCCUAAAGUUUCAUACCCAUAUACGCAAUUAGUCCUUAUGGUUUAAAGGGGAAAUAACAUCAUGAUGACUAAUUGUGUAUGGUUGUGAAAAUUUAAGGACUUGAUUGAUAAAAAUUAAAUUUCAAGGGCUAAAUUGAUAAUUAGAUCAAACUUGAGUAACAAAAAAAGUUUCAUCAUCCCUUGAAUAAAUGAAUGAAUGAAGCUUAACACACACAUACAAUGCAGAGAUGUGAUGGCCACUCUUCUUAAAUGUUAGUUGAAUUGAAGCGGCUUAGAUGUAUUAAUUAGCUAUCCAGGAUUGGUACUUGUUGCUAAACCUAUGUUUCCAAUGACAAGUUUUACCAUGACUGAACCCUUCCCCUAGUA